CCACGAGCCUCAAACUCACCUCAAACUCUUCCUCUACUCAUCCUUGACUUCGGAACGGCUAUUCAAACCUAGCCAUCUUCUGAGACACGGCCCUCCCCACCACUCUUCCGCAGCGUUCUAGAGACACACCAUGGCACCACCAUUCAAAGGGCACCCCGAAGGAAGGGAGUCCCACGGCAAGCGAAAAGAAGAUGUCGAGGAACUGGGCGAAGCGGCGAAGAAAUUCAACGGACUCUUCUCAGAAAAGGACUGGAAGUGCAAGUUAUGCUCUAAUAUCAACUGGGCGCGGCGAAUGACAUGCAAUCAGUGUCAGUCACCAAAGCCAGGAAGUGGAAUGGAUGCCAACCGUGAAGGUUAUGGAGGAGGAUUCAUGGAGCGAGACAAAGUCGAGUAUCGCGAAACCCGUUUCAACGAUGACGACGAGUACGACGAGUUUGGGAGGAAGAAAAAGAAAAAGAGGAAAGACAGCAGCCAACCAGAAAACGGCACGACGCGGGAACGGGGAGCGCACAGUGGGGAACCUAGGGAGUCCAAUACCGGGGCUGCCAAGCCGGUUGAGCAAGAGGCCGACGAUGACGACGGGGAGGAUGAUGGGAAAUGGGAUGCAUGGGCAGAAGUUCUUGGAGACCGGAUAGCGGAUGAUGCGCCGGAAGAGGCUGCACUCGCACGGGUACGAGAACCCUCACCACCGUCAGCGGCACCAGCACGCAACGAUAGGCGCCGCGAUUAUCCCGAUCGGAAUACAUCCAGAGACCGAGAAGACCGGCAUUCUAGUAGUGGAUGGCCCGAGACCCGAGAGUGCGAGGCGGGAAGGCAGCGGUGGCCGGAGCGGAAUCGCAGCAGGUCACCAGUUCGCCACGGAGGCAAUCGGCCCGCGAGGAUUGAACGGACAUAUGAGAGGCCAUAUGCGCCUCGUCCUACCGAGAGGGAUGUAGAUAGAGGCCAUCCCAGGCGAAGCCGAUCCAGGUCCCCGGGUUACUACCGAAGGAGAUGAGGAGGCGGAGAUCUAAACGCGUUUCCCGCUGUGAAAUCAUGUUUGUAAACUAUAUUAAUCACA